UCCAGAUGAAGCAAUUCUCCAAGUACUUGAAAUAAGUUUUAAUGGACUCCAAAAAUCACAAAAGGAAAUAUUCUUGCAUAUUGCAUGUUUUUUUAAUAAUCUGAAGAAAGAUUAUGUAUUGAAAAUACUAGAUAUUCUUGGCCUUUACCCUAUUAUUGGAUUGAAGGAACUCAUUGAUAAGUCUCUCUUGAAAAUUGUGGAUAAUGAUAUAGUGUGGAUGCAUCGCUUACUUGAAGAAAUGGGUAGGAACAUAGCUUGUCAAGAGUGCCUUGAUGAUCCUGGGAAGCAUAGUAGAUUGUGGGAUUACGAGGACAUUGACAAGUGUUAAGAAAAAAUAAGGUAAAAGGUUUUUUUAGAGAAUUUGAGCUCAUUCCCUACCUUCAUGUCUAACAAUUUGGAAUUUGAAUUGUAAUGCUAAUAAUUAAUUUUGCAAUUCACCAAUUCCUUCUUGGUUAUUAGGGGACAGAAACACUUAAAGCCAUGGAUAUUGUGAGUACUUAUAAUGAACAACAAGAUGCAUGUUGGAACCCUGAGGCCUUUUUGAAGAUGGACAAUCUUAAAUUUCUUAGAAUAUAUGGCAUUCUCCAUGUUCCCACACACCUUCCUAAUGAUUUAAGAAUUCUUGAUUGGAUUUUGUAUCCAUCAAAAUCUUUACAAUCAAGUUUCCAGCUAGAUGAGCUUGUCCAACUUUGUUUGCAACAAAGCAAAAUUGAACAACUUUGGAUAGGAAUAAAGAAUUUUGACAAGUUGACGUUCAUUGACUUGACUGACUCCUCAGACCUGAUUAUAACUCCAAACUUCACUGGAGUCCCAAAUCUUGAGAAAUUAGUUCUUGUAAGGUGUACAAAUUUACGAAAGUUUCACCCAUCCAUAAGAAUUCUUAAAAAACUUAUUCAUCUUAAUUUACAAGAUUGUGAAAGACUAAUUCGUCUUCCAAGAAAGUUUGGAAUGGAGUCUCCUGUGACUCUUGAACUUUCUAAUUGCUCAAAAUGCAAGGAAAAUCCCAAAAUUUGUGGUAAACAAGGAAUUCUUACAGGAGAUUUUUUUGGAUCGCACUGCUGUUGUGGAACUAAUUAAAAACUUGCCAGAGAACCUAUGGAUAGUCGAAGGCCUAGAGGUGCUUGAUUUGAGCAAAGCGGAUAUAGAAGAGCUGCCUUCAUCAAUUGAACGUUUGACUAACCUUACUUCGUUGACUCUAAGAUAUUGCGUGAAUCUUGUGUGCCUUCCUACCACCAUUUGUAGUUUGAAGUUGCUUAUUUCUAUCGAUCUUUUUGGAUGCUUAAAAUUUGGUAACUUGCCAAGAA